GUCAUGUCAGCCUCCGUCAAAAUGCCCAUUUUAACAACAUGCCUAAUUUAAUUCGAGGUUUUGUAGGCUAGAAAUAGUAUGUGUAAACACAUUAUUAGGGACAAUGAAGUGCGUGUACAUCAACCCUGAAACUAGUAGUACGGUAUUAUUAGAAUUACACGAAAUCUACCAGUACAACACUGUUUAGGUCAAACAGAGGAAGACUUGUUGCGGCUGGUGUGUGAUGUUAGUUACACAACGUCACAAGCACUGUGUUACGUGUACUGUAGUAGCACGAACAAGUUUAAUGCGGCGAUAUAGCAUUUCCUCAAUGCGGCUUGCCUAAAGACUUUGCCAAGACUUGUUUUGUGUUAAACUUAAAUCUUAUUAAUAGUUAUAACCAGACACAGUGUACACCCUUCUGCAAAAUGCAGGUGCUCCAUGCAUUUGUAAUAGUUUGUACUAGCUCUAUUGCUUUUAUCCUGGUUCAGAUGUAUCUCGCAAGAUUCAUCACCUCAGAGAGCGAAAACUACGAUGCUUGCGCAAUAGCAGAGAAAGAUGAGGUCUCACAGAUAGUUCUAAGGGACAUACUAGCCAUAUUCAGUCAGCAAGGAAUUAGGCUUGUUCUAGUCGACAAAUUGGCACUAGAGGCGAUAUCAAGAAAAAAUCCACCUGGGCUGAACUUGCAUUUUCUCUCGUCACAGGUCGUGACAACGUUUGCUACAAUUGCCAAUCUUAAAAGCCCACCUGAUCUGGAAAAUUCACUGAGCGACCUUCAGGAGGUCGGUUUCCGAGUCGAUAUCCUAACGGGUCCUGGUAUCAUCUUGGAUGUGAGGCAUGCCCAUGCUAACGCGAAUAUCCCGCUUCACAUCGUUGCUGAGAGAACAGGCUGGUGGCUCCAUGUGGUUAUCCUAUACGACAUUCACGGCUCCUUCCUCUGGCACGGACCUGCGACUGGAGUGACGACGUUAGGGUUCCCAGAGGAUAUGUUGCAGUAUGGAUCAGGUGGAAGAGAAGGAGUGCUCGACUGGUUUGAUGUAAGGAGCAGCAAACUAGAUGACCUGGAGAUUGAAGUACCAGCCAAUACAUCAGAAUUCCUAGCUGAAACUGCAAAUUCUACAUUUAUUUCCUGCAACUACACUAGAGCCAAGGAGUUUUUUGAUACCUACAAUGAUGAUACUUCCGGAGAGGCUCUGUAUUUCAAGGCCAAAGUUCUACAGAUCAUUAGACUGAGCAAAUUGGUUUUGGAAUCACUGGAAGUCCCAUUUUGGCUGAGUAGUGGAACUUGUUUAGGCUGGUUUAGACAAUGUGACGUCAUACCUUAUAGUAAAGAUGUCGACAUUGGUGUGUGGAUAAAGCAUUAUCAUCCAGGCAUAAUAGAUGCAUUUGUAGCUAAAGGUUUCUGGUUGCACAGCAUUUUUGGUAGGGUGAACGACAGCUAUGAAUUGUCGUUUGGCUACAGUGGCGUUAAGCUGGACAUUUUCUUCUUCUACGAGGACAGUCGUGGCAUGUGGAAUGGUGGAACCGAAUUCACGAGUGGCCAGAAGUAUAGGUAUGAUUUUCCCAAGUUCCAACUUUGCUGGACAGAACUGAUGGGAAUCAAAGUGAGAGUGCCCUGUGAUACUUUGUCCUACAUAGAAGCAAACUAUGGUGACCAGUGGUUCGAACCGAUAAAGGAAUGGGAUUGGAACAAGAGUCCACCAAAUGCUCGGACAAAUGGUUAUUGGCCAGAGCUCGAAUGGAGAGAGGUUAUUCAGAUAUUUUAUCCUGAAGCUGAGGAUUCCUGACAGACUAAAUAUUUAUACAUAGAUUUGAAAUUUUCACUGUAUCAAGGUAUUUUUAAUGCAAGUACUAGAAAUGUUUGCUAUGAAAAUGCUACAUAAUACUAACUGAUAAUAUAUCUGUAAAUGAAAUAUUAUCUCAAGAAGUUUAAUCGUCAUUUAAAUAUUUAUUUUUGCACAACUGUGACUAUGUUCUAAUAUAAAUUGUCUAAAUAAAAUGAAUACAAGCUAACAUUUAUAAACCACGUGUUGGAAUGUUUCUGAGGGAUGCCAAACUCUAUUGCAAUAAUUCAGAUUAUCCAGCACGACGCCUUUGUUUUAAUGCAGUUUUAUUUAAUCUUGGGGCAAUAAGCUUUAUAAUAUAAAUAUAAGUUAUGUAUAUCAAUCUAGCCUGUUCUGAUUUCAUGUUCGGACAAAUAAAAUAAUUGUUCUCUGUCA